UCAAAAUGAAAGCAAUUGAUGGAUUUCUCCCAUGGCUGCUUCUUCAUCUUAUCUGUAACAAAGUUUUGACAACUACCCUCUCGUCAACGAAAGAGACUGAGCCCUCAGAGUCGUUUCCGACAUAUUCUACUGAGUCUACCAUUUUAUCUACACAAACAUUUCCGCCAGCCUCCGUAUCCUGUUAUAUAUCCUUUGAUGGGGAGAAAGAAGGCAAUUUCGAAGAUAAAAUUACCAUGUCAUCAUUUGACGGACCAUUUAUGAUUAAUACACCUACUAAAGCGCCGACGCAGUAUACCACAGCUAUUACAGUCAACACAGCUACAGGCACACCUGCAAUUGCGAGUGCAACUGAUCCCACAGUUACACCCAUAACGACGCCCUUAAGCACACCCAUAACCACACCUUUAACCACACCAAUAACCACACCCAAAACCUCACCAACGGUUUCACCCACCACUUGUGUUGAAUAUAAGCAGUGGAAAAUCACUGUUCCGACAGGAAACUAUAUAGAGAUGACUAUCAAGAAAAUGAAUCUUCGACCAUGGGCGUGUUUGUUCGAGACAUAUAUCAUUGUCAGAGAUGGGCAUUCUUUGUCCGACAAUAUCCUCGCGAUUCUUUGUGAAGCGAGCACUACACCUCACCGCCUAGCGUCUAGUGGCGAUAAAAUGAUUGUAGAGAGAUAUGGAAAAUUGGGAUCUAGCGAAAGUACGGGGUUUGAAGCCAGCUUUAAGGCAAAACCUUUAAAAACUGGAGGUUAG